AAUAAAAAAAACUAAGUGUCCGACUUUCGCAUGAUUAGACACUACCAUUGUUGAUUGGAUUUAAUUUGGCAAUUACAAUCCUGUUUCAAGAAGUUGGACCCUUUGGCUGUCAAAUAGGUUAUUUUCAUCAUUACAAAAUUGUAGUUUUUCUCAUCCAAAUAACAUUUCAUUUUCAUCAUAUAUGUAAAAUAUAAUGUUUUCAUUACAAAACCAUAACCAGGCAUUUGCUACAUUAACGCAGUUUUCGUCUAAGAUAAAUAUCAGGCACUCCGUUUAUUUGAAAAAUAAAUCUCCUGAAAAAUCCAAACAUGCUCAAGCUUUCCUUUGUCUAGACAGUUUUUUGGAAGCUGUUAAAAAUUGUGAUUUUUCAUUUGCCAAGUAUAUUAAUACUAAAUCAUUAUUGGAAAAUCAUUUUAUAAACAAUUUCAAAGUGUCGUAUACUUCAAGUAGUACAUUUUUUGAAAACAAACAUGGUUUCUCAGAGAAUGAUUUAAAUAAGACAGUACCUACAAUUAUUCUUAAAAAAAAUUGUAUAUAUGUCCCCCAGUCGCUGUAUAAAAAAUUAGUAAAUGGAUUACUAGUUGAAAACAAUAGCUUAUUUCAAACUCAGUUGAGAACUUUUAAGACUGAUAGAAGUAUAAAAGCUGAACUAAAUAGAAAUCCUCCAUUAACAGAUCGUGUGAAACAAGCCUUGGGUUUUGUGGGAUCUGAAGGACCCAACUCGACAAAUUCAAAAACACCAAAUUCUCCAGAAAAACUUAAACAGAUGUUAAAUACAGACGAGAAUUUGAAUGAAACUGAAAAACAGAGGUUAAAAGUUGCUUUUGCAGAAGGCUAUUUAAUGGGAAAUAGUUCAGUAACAAAACCUGGAAAAUCUACAAGAUAUUUGAAAUUAGUAACACAAGUUUUGACGGUUUUUAUAUUUCUUGCUAUCAUUUUCAGUCUUGUAGCUAGUGCCAGUGGAUCUGUAUUUAGGAUACAGUUAGGCAAUCAAGUUGAAGUAGAUCCUGAAGAAAUACAUGUAACUUUUGAAGAUGUAAAAGGUGUUGAUGAAGCAAAACAAGAAUUAAAAGAUGUAGUUGAAUUUUUGAAAAGUCCAGAAAAGUUUUCAAGUUUGGGUGGGAAAUUACCUAAAGGUGUUUUGUUAGUUGGUCCCCCAGGUACGGGAAAAACUCUGCUUGCUAGAGCUGUAGCUGGAGAAGCUGGUGUGCCUUUUUUUCAUGCUGCUGGUCCUGAGUUUGACGAAGUCUUAGUUGGACAAGGUGCCAGGAGAGUCAGAGAUUUAUUUAAGGCAGCAAAAAAACGAGCUCCAUGUGUGAUAUUUAUCGAUGAAAUCGAUUCAGUUGGUUCGAAACGUACUAAUAGUGUAUUGCAUCCAUAUGCUAACCAAACCAUUAACCAGCUACUUAGCGAAAUGGAUGGUUUUCAUCAAAAUGAAGGUGUCAUUGUUUUGGGAGCCACCAAUCGAAGGGAUGAUCUGGAUCAAGCUCUCUUAAGGCCUGGACGAUUUGACGUAGAGGUUACUGUUCCUACACCUGAUUAUACCGGAAGAAAAGAAAUAUUAGGCUUAUAUUUAAGUAAAAUAUUAGCUAGAGAUGUAGAUUUAGAAUUAUUAGCACGAGGAACUACAGGUUUUACUGGGGCAGAUCUCGAAAAUAUGGUAAAUCAAGCAGCUUUAAGAGCUGCUAUAGAAGGCGCAGAAUAUGUAGCCAUGAAACACUUAGAGUCUGCUAGGGAUAAAGUACUUAUGGGACCUGAAAGAAAGUCCCGUAUACCUGACGAAGAAGCUAAUUUGAUAACAGCUUAUCAUGAAGGCGGACAUGCAAUAGUAGCUUAUUACACUAAAGAUAGUCAUCCAUUACAUAAAGUAACUAUUAUUCCCAGAGGACCUAGUCUUGGACAUACUGCAUACAUUCCAGAAAAGGAAAGAUAUCAUAUCACAAAAUCUCAAUUAUUAGCUAUGAUGGAUACAAUGAUGGGCGGUAGAGCCGCAGAAGAACUUAUUUUUGGACCAGAAAAAAUUACUUCUGGUGCCAGUUCAGACUUGAAGCAAGCGACUUCUAUCGCUACACAUAUGGUAAAAGACUGGGGGAUGUCUGAGAAAAUUGGUCUUCGUACAAUGGUUGAUAACACUAAAACUUUUCAACCAGAAACCUUGGGUCCUUCAACAAAUGAAAUGGUCGACAAUGAAAUUCGUAAAAUUUUAUCAGACAGUUAUGAAAGGGCCAAGAGAAUCUUAACAUUGCACUCGAAGGAACAUAAAGCUUUAGCAGAAGCCUUACUGAAAUAUGAAACGUUAGAUGCGGAAGAUAUAAAAGCAAUUAUGUCGGGAAAGGCGGGAGGCGGAGAGAAGGCACUUUAGUUUUAACAAAAUACCUUUUUGUUGUUGGAGAGUUCCGCAUUUUUAUUUAACUUGAUGAAGUACAACAAAUUGAAGUAUUUUGGAUAUUUUGUAUGUUCUGUAAAUAUUUUAACGGCUAGUUCAACAAAGUCCCAAAGUCGGGUUUAUAAAUUUCAUUUCUAAUCAGUUUAACUUAAUUUUUGUUAACUUACGAUUUAUUUGGACAGGAUUUAUUUAAGAGUGCAUAAUAAACUGUUAUAUCUGUU